CGCACGGUACGCGCUGGGCUUACAGUGCGCAUGCGCGGUGGCACAUUGCUGCUGCCUGUGUAGCCGCGUGUCUGUGAUCGAGUCUUUACCACAAUUAAAACUUAGUUCUGUUAUUCUCUGGAGUGCACAAAGCAGAAAGGAUUAGUUUAUUAAAUCAGUGUGCAGGGAUUGAUCCAGUGGCUUUAUAGCGGGUGAUGUCUGACAGCGUGCAGGACGGGAGGAAGAGGAAUAAGAGGAAGUAUGGUGGCCCCCAGGCGGGCGGUAAGCGACGGAGAGGCGGCAGGGAACUGGAGCCGGGCAUGCAGGGCAUCCUCAUCACCUGCAACAUGAAGGAGCGCAGAUGCACCGCCGAGGCCUACAGCCUGCUGAACGAGUACGCAGAUCAGCUGUACGGCCCAGAACAGUUAGCAGACCCUAAUGACAGCUGCAGUGAGGAUGACGUGGAGGCGGCGCUGCAGAAGGAGGUGAAACAGUUCCACUCGACUACAGAGAACCAGCAGAGACGCUUUACAGCACUCGAGAGUGGAGCAAAUAACGUCUUGUUCAUCCGCACACACAACAUUGAUCCGGGUGAGUUGGUGCACUCCGUCCUGCAGGAUCUGUAUAGUACUCGGAGGUUGAAGUCAAGGGUGAUAUUGCGGAUGUUGCCCGUGUGUGGAUCGUGUAGAGCGUUCCCUGAAGACAUGCUGAAGUUCCUUCACUCGUUCCUGCAGCCGUGGUUCCUCUCUCCCAACCACGCCUCCUACCAGAUCUGCUUCAAAUCCCGCAACAACAGCCACAGCAAGAGGGACGACAUCAUCAAGAGCAUCGCUGGUUUGGUGAACCGGCUAAAUCCGAAGAACAAAGUGGACCUGACCAAUCCAGAGCUCAGCAUCAUCAUUGAGGUGAUAAAGUCGGUGUGCUGCGUCAGCGUGAUCCGAGAUUACAAACGCUUCCGAAAAUACAACCUACAGGAAGUUGCCAAGGGCCCGGCCACUCAAGAGUCAUCCCAACAGGAAGUGGCCGAGGAUCCAGCCAUUCAUGAGUCAUCCCAACAGAAAGUGGCCGAGGAUCCAGCCAUUCAUGAGUCAUCCCAACAGAAAGUGGCCAAAGACUCGGCCACUCAGGAGUCAUCCCCACAGGAAGUGGCCAAAGACUCGGCCACUGAGGAGUCAUCCCCACAGGAAGUGGCCAAAGACUCGGCCACUGAGGAGUCAUCCCCACAGGAAGUGGCCAAAGACUCGGCCACUCAGGAGUCAUCCCCACAGGAAGUGGCCAAAGACUCGGCCACUGAGGAGUCAUCCCCACAGGAAGUGGCCAAAGACUCGGCCACUCAGGAGUCAUCCCCACAGGAAGUGGUCAAAGACUCGGCCACUCAGGAGUCAUCCCCACAGGAAGUGGCCAAAGACUCGGCCACUCAGGAGUCAUCCCCACAGGAAGUGGUCAAAGACUCGGCCACUCAGGAGUCAUCCCCACAGGAAGUGGGGAAAAAUGAAGCAAAUGAGGAGCAGGGUGAGCAGGAAGUGCCGAAAGACUUGACCAGUCAGGAGCAGGGCCAACAGGAAGUGGCUGAGAGCAAAGCCAAUCAGACAGAAGAGCAGAAUGUGGGCGGGGACAAUGGGAUAAAAGAGGCAGAGCAAGAGUAAUUGAAGGUUUGUUCCAAAUACACAGUGUAUGCUGAUCAGGGAGAGAGGAGGAAAUGGAAUGAGUCCGUACUGAACACACACACACGUGUGUGUGUGUUAGUUAAAUGUUGAGUGUCUCAGUGGUUAAUUAGUUUGUUUCUUUAUCACUGUGGUACAGUUAUUAAAACUCUGUGUUAGUUAAAUAAGUUUCCAUUUUUACUGCCUUUUACUGUUAAACUUUUUAUUUUACUUUUAUUUCAGUUGAAUUCCACAUUUUAAUUUAGGUCAAAGAUAAUUUGUUUCCAGAAUCAGAGUAAAUAAAGUUUUUUGCCUUGA